GCUCUAUUAACUCUUCUCUCAAUCACAACUACAUCUAAUAAAAAAAUUCAAAACCGGUUAACCGAACCAAUUAGUCAGCUCGGUUAGUAACCGGUUUAAGCAUAAAACCGGUCCGACUGGUUUCACUAACUUGACCGACUUAUAAGCUUAGAGGAACACUCUCUCCGUACUCUGAUUUCUGAACUGUAAAGACACCCACGUUUCAUAACACCCAUCCAGCAAGUACGAUAAAAGCACAUUUCUUGCUUUCACACGCUAAGGUUUCGACAAUGUCGAUUCCAGUGGAUUCGUUGCCACCUGCGGACAAUGAACUGGAGUUCCGUUCGUACGCGGACGACGCCUGGUACAGUGCGCAAUUGCUCCUUGACCGUGACGGUGAGAAGUUGACCGUCAGGUUGCUUAACUUCCCCCCUGAAAAUGAAGAAACCUUUUCUGCGAGCAAGUUCAAAAGCUUGCAAAAGUUGGAGGAGUUUGAGGGCAGGUUCCGUCCGGUUUCCGUACAGCUACAAGACAGUGAAUGCUCCGAGGUCGUCGCCGGCUUGCGUGUCUGCGCCUCUCACGCCUUUAAUGACAACGAUUUCCGCUUCUUCGACGCCGUUGUGGAAAAUGUGAUACAUAGAAAACAUUCUUUUGCUAGUGGGGAAGAAGAGUGUUUGUGCCGUUUCAUACUUUGUUGGAAGCAUGGUCCAAAUGCUGGUACAUUAAUGGAGAAGAAGGUCGAAAACAUAUGCAUUGUCCAGUCUAAUGUAGAACUGAAUCCCCAUGUGGCUUCUUUUGCAAAGAGAGCAAGGGAGAGAAUUGGGGGUGCUGAUCAUAAACAUAUUUCAGCUUCUAAUGGUGAUUCUGCCACUUGCAAGAGUAGUGCUGGCUGUAGAGAAAACAGUAGCUCUAUUGUCAAGCAGAAGUCAACUUUUGACCAAUGUUUAAUGCGGGGUAAAUGUGCCAAACAAUCUAUAAGUAGCAUUUCGUUAUGUGAAGGGAAUACUGGUGAUCUCCAAGAUAUAGAUAUAGAAAUAGGAGGAGAUGGCUAUCACUAUAUCAUAUUUCUUGAGAAUUUGGAGAAAGAAAUAUCCCCUUCAACAGUCAUUGAGUUCAUUCAUCAACAAACGAGAAUCACACCCCAAGCUUAUAUUUUUCCAAGUUUGCUAUCAGAGUUGUCUACUCGAGGUGCUAUUAUGUUAGAUUCUAAGAAGAAUCUUGAGGAGUUAUCUAAUUUUUUGAGUAAUCCAGAUCAAAUCAUCGUAUCCUCAAAAGGAAGGCCAUGGGUGGUAAAUAAGAAUUUUUCGAGACAUGAUGCAUUUAGGGCGUCAAUAGGGACUUUCAUGCUUAAUUCUCAGAAAAAAUUAAAGAAGACAAAUGGCGUGGUUAGGCAUGAAUUAAAGGUUGUUUGUUGUGGCACUGAGGAGUAUAGGAGAGCAAAGGAGUUGAGGGAUUUAUUCAUGGAGUUCAGCUGUCAUCAAGAGCGACUAUUCAAGAGGCUAGCUUUUGAGGAAAGAAAGAUCUUGCACCCAUCCCCUACAGUGUAGAUGCUGUGAGUGGUGUUACACAAAUGUAAAUGUACUUCACUUACUGGGAAGUGGGAACUUUUGACUGACCUGACUUGUACCUGCAAAAUCAAUUGUUCAGAAGAAGCAUAUACUUAGUAAUAUAAAUACAAUGUAUAAAACACAAUCAUUAAUCUAGUGAUAUCCAAAGUUAGAUGCUUGAGUUUAUGUGAUCAUCUGUGUUACAUU